AUGAAUGGUGGAGGGAAUCUAGUAAGGGAUGUGCGAUAUAGAAAAACACCGCGGACACCUAGGUCUGCGCAUGCGCGGUACUAUUACACUAGGUCUAUUAUAGGCUCUCCAUUAAGUAGAAGAAGGGAUAUAGCAAGGAUAAGAUGUCAGUCAGCUCCGAAACUAAUGGAUAACCACAGCAGAUCCGCGUCGCCGCGGGAGCCAUCACGGCCGCAACAUCGGCCCCCGUCUCCCCCCACCCCUGAAGGCUUCGACAACAGGGCCUACCAGCACGACGAAGACCCGAACCAUAACGACUCCUUCGCGUCAACCCUCCCACAGAACGGCCACAAAGCGAAUGGGGAUACGAAAACUCUGGAAGCCGUCAAUUUGGAACUAAUAAACUUGACACCAAAGAAUGGCGCGAAGAAAAAAGAUGUGGAAGUGGACAUGAAUACAACCAACCCGUAUGAUGAAUACUUCGUUCCAGUUAACGAGCACAGGAAAUAUAUGAGAGGAGAGAAGUUAUAUGUGACAGCUGACAAGAGGGGCGAGAAAGCUGGCUGCAAGCGGCCUCUUUGCUGGACUCUCCUAGGGCUAGUUGUUGCAGCAGUUGUAGCCCUUAUUGUGUUAGCAGCAACUGGCAUUCUUUUUUCCAAUUCCCCAACGCCGCUGGAGCAGUACAACGCAUCUGUAAGUUCAGCGCGAGCUUUUGGAGGCAUCAGUGGCUCUGACCACGACCACGCGACACACGACCAUGACCAUGAUCACGAUCACCAUCAUCACGAAGAGACUACAAUGGCGACCGAAUCAGAUGAUCCUCGUGUUAUAUCUUCAGAUGAGUCGGAUAUCAAUAUGUAUGUACCGCGAACCGUGGAAGGUGAAUUAAGAAUAGAUAAUGAAGAGUUUGUACCCGCUCUACAGGAUCCAGACAGUGAAGAAUAUCGAGAAUUCGUUUCAAUUUUCAAUAAUGCACUCAAACAAGCAAUAUUUGACAAAACAGAUAUGCAAUCUAGUGACGAUAUAUCGCUUGAAGUUAUUCAGAUAAGAAAUGGAUCUGUCAUCGUAACCUAUCGAAUUCAUUGGGUCCCAAAACAUAAUUCCGAAAAUACAGAAGACCUUUUGACUGCAAAUAGUUUAAGAACGAAUUUAAACAGUUAUCUAGCCAGGAGUAAUAGAAUGAUAAGCGUAUAUCAUGUAGCUGAGGAAUCUGUUAAUGCAAGACCUGUGUUAGACAUGUGCAAAGUAAACAACAAUGACUGCGAUCACGGCUGUGAAUUUGACGAAACAAGUCUUGAUUUUACUUGCACAUGUCCGCCCGGACAAAUCAUUGAUAUGUACUCUCCUAAAAAAUGCAUUAAUAUUUUAGACAGUACCCAAGGUAGAUCAGAAAGUCCUCAGGAAUCUAAUACUUCUAAUUUCCAUUCCCACACCAUGUCGUCUAUGCAGGUUCCAGAAACCCAAAAACCAACAACAGAAUCGGUCCAAAUAAUAGACAAUAGAUUCGAUUGGAAAGAUACAAAUUCUCAGCCAACAACAACUACUACUGAAUCUGAACCAGAUCUUAACUUCUCACAUAUAUUUGGUCAACAUAGUGAACACCACGACGCGGAAACACCAAAGCCUGAACCAGAGCCAACAGCCGAACCUUCUGCAGAACCUGAACCAACAGCUGAACCUAAUUUAAGUGCAGAAUCGGCAGUUGAAUCUCACCGUCAGCCAGAGCCAAAUCCAGAACCAGAACCAGAACCAACCUCAGAACCUGAACCCAGUGCUGAACCAAAACCAGAGCCUGAACCAACUUUAGAAUCGGAACCAAGUGCCGAACCAAAACAAGAGCCUGAACCAACUUUAGAAUCGGAACCCAGUGCCGAACCAAAACCAGAGCCUGAACCAACUUUAGAAACGGAACCCAGUUCCGAACCAAAACCAGAGCAAGAUCUAACUUCAGAAUUUGAACCUGUUGCAGAGCCAAAAUCAGAGUCAGAACCAACUGCUGAACCUACCGCAGAACCCCAACCAGAACCCGAGCCAACCGCAGAACCUCAGGCCACAAUCGUCGCUGAAGCUCAACCGGAGCCAACUACUGAAACAAACAAUAGUAAAGAACUUGAAUCAAAUGCAGGGAUUGAUAUUUACUCUCCUCAAAACCAACCAACAACUGAAAAUAAUUCUUCACAAGAACCAACAGCUGAACCAAACUCGGAUCCUAGAGAAGGAGUGAACAAUAAACCAGACCGCAUUCAUGAAUUCUUCCCUAAUUCCGGCUUAAAGGAAGAAUCUGAUAUCACUACAGAGUCAAACCUUUUUCAAGUUUCUGAAACAGAAUCAGAGUCAAGAACAAAUAUAAAAGGCACGGAAAUUGAAAGUGAAUUAUCUUUCGCAGAUGAAAACCACACCGCUUAUUCAACUGAAGUACAUCAGAUGGUAACCGAUCCUACAUUCAUGAAUGACGGUGACACUCAUAUUGCAACAGAUAAAGAUAUAAGUGAGGAGUCCAACAAUCAGUUCUCCGAAACUACCGAACAUCAUUCAGGUUUAAACAGUGAAGAAGACCAAAAAAUCGACGAAAAUAUUGACAAGUCACUAUUAGUUAAGGCAAGCUCGUCGUCUGAGGAAUCAAAGCAAAGUGAAAGUAACGAUAGCUCUAUGUCAGGUGAAACAACUACAAGAAUUUCAAUAUCUGAUCUUAAUAUUAGAAAUGAACCAUCAUAUGAACCAAAACCUGAGGUAAUAGCAAUAUUAAACAAUAUGCCAGACCAAAGCAUAUUCAGUUCAAACGUUGAGACAACUACGACAAGCGAUUGGUUAAAUAAUGAUAAUGUUGAUUCAUCUCAUUUUUAUGCUAAAAAACCUAUAGAAAACUCACAAGAAGUACUUAGUAACGACAAAAUAAAUACAGAAGAAAGGUCAUCAAAAUCUUUAGGAGAAAUUGAACAAGAUAGCACUACGCAAUCAAACAAUUUAGAAAAUGAUGAAAUAACGUUCGAUCUCAUAAAUAAAAAGAAUGAAACUGAAACCGAUGAUGGUAUAAUAGCAGCCACUUUACAACCUAUGACCACUGAAGAACCAACACUAUUAAUUGAAAAGGAAAAUACUAAAAUAGAACAUAUGAAUGAUGAUAAAAGUGUGAUAUCUUUAGAAACAAUUAAUCAACAAUCAAAGACUACGGUUGGGCAAGAAAAGAUAUUCUCGACCACUGAAGACUACAAAGUUAUAGAUGACAUUAUGAAGGUAACAGAAUCAGGAAUAUCUCAAGUAGCAACGACUACAGAAGUAAUGCAAGAAGAUAUAAAACACGAAAACGAUGAAAUAACUUUUGACACUCUAAAUGCACUUUAUAAUCGAUCAUCUAAGUCAAUCGAAGACCAAUCUAUUGAUCAUGAAAAAACCACAAAAAUAGAUAAAAACUUCAAUGAAGUUACAGAAGGAACUACAGAGUCAGAUUGGCUAUCAGAAACAGUAACUGAAGUUAAUUACGAAGAUGUCAUGAAAACUUAUAAAAAUAAGGAAACUACAGAUUUACCUGUAACUACAGUCGAUGAUACUGUUAGUAAAGAAUUGCAUAAAGAUGAUUUUGAACCAGAUUACUUAACUAAUAUGGGUAGCAACAAUAGUAAAAUGUCUGACCAAGACAUGCCUUUAUACGGUAUUGUUCACGAUUAUGACACUGAAGAUUCUAGAGUUAAGAGAGUAAAUUCAAACAAAAAAACUGAUUCUAUAAAUUCGGAAUUAACAACUCCUACAUCUGAAAUAGUGCAAGCAGAAACCACAACUAUUCAUGAAUAUAUUUAUAAAACCGCAGAAAAAGCAUUAAAUGAUAUGUCAAACGAAUUUGUCACUACUGCGUCACCAUUAAACCAACCUUCAAUGAUUGCUAAUGGCAAUCCCGCACCUGUGUGGGAGAACUAUGAAAAUGAAACUCAAAAGGGAAUAAUUAUUAAAGAAAUAGCAAAUGAAACAGUUAUAAAUUACACGAGCAACCCAACAUUAAUGCCCGAAUUAAGCGAAAAUUCUUCACCUGUUAACAACAUUGGUGUAACAAUCUAUGAAGUACCUAGUCAUAACGAUAACCUAACAACAAAUCCACCAAAAGCAAUUCACUCUUCUGCUAACGAAUAUGAAGACCAUGAAACUGAAAUGAAUCCAUUCCUCCCAGAAGUAGAAAAUAAUAAAAUUCUUGUAAAAAAGCUACAAGAAGGUCAUGAUCUUGAACCAACUGGAUUGAACGAAACCCAAAAUGAAACACCUGAUGAGCAGCACAAUUUAGCAACUUCUGACGGGAAAACAAAUGCUUUUCAAGAUCCUUUAGAUGAUGCUACCGCAGAAACAAUGCAUCCAGACAUAAUGACACCACAGUCAACAGAAAAGGAUAGCUUAUUUAACGAAUUACUAAAUCAUCACCAAGACGCAACGACUUCAAGAUUAAAUGCGGCUACACUGAAGGAUAUUGAUCUGGAUACUACGACUAAAAGAGAGGGUAAUGAAGUUUUACCAAUUUCGACAUUUCUUUUAGAUACAGACGAUUUAGAUGACACUAAGACAACGCAAUCGGAUAUUUUAGGUAACAACUCACCAACUGAAUACUUAAAUGUAGUUCCUAUAUUUGAAAAGGAAUCUUUAAAGAAAAAUUACAACAGUGAAAAUAUUGAAGAGUUAAAUUCAAUUAGUGAUUCACCAAAAAAAAGUGAUAGAAGGACAAUAGAUACAACUAACGAUGACUCUGUAAUAAAUAAUGAAGCGUAG